GACUGCACUCGGUUAACGGUUAACGGAAAAAUUAUUGAAUUUUCUUUCAGUCCAUUUCACAUUUAGAUAGAUACAGUAUAAACAGUUGAAGACCAAUACUGCUGGGUGAAGGAGUUAAUUGUAGUUCGAAUUAUAAUGUAAAUAUAGAUAUGAAUUAUUAUGAAUAUAUAGGAAUAUCAGAAAAAGUGCUAAUUUUAUGGAUAUAUAUAUAACGAAAUGUGUUAAAUGAUAAAAAUAUGGAUAUUUUAAACAGUACUUAGGUUGAAAGUCAUAUAAUAGGUGCGUUUGGUAACAGAUUGUGAAAGACCUCUGAUUACAGAUAUACAAGAAGCCGCUAGUGGAUCAGCUAAUUUGCGGAGAUUACGUAGCGAAUUGUGAAUACGGUUAAAAGUUUUUAGUGCAAAAGAAUAUAAAAAACAACGAAAUAACAAUGAAUAAGGAGUUCCGAUUUGAUAAGCAUCUUGAAUGGAUUUAUAAAUAUAGUCAUAGAGAGUUACGAAAAAAAAUUACGGAAUGGAAUUAUUCGAUUUUAAUAUAAGUAGUUUGUAACUAAUAAAUUUUGUGUAAAAACAGAAAUGUUUGAAAAGUAUCAUAAAAAUCACAAAGCUAUUUCACAUAUUUUGAGUGAGGUUUUCUUUUCAGUAGUGUUAACGGAAAUUGAAAUUGCGAUAAGAAUUGUGCGUUGAAAGUCGCAGGAUUUUCAUUAUUAAAUUGAUAGUCUGGAAUUCUGGCCAAUUCUAAAUUUAUUUGUUUUCAACAUUUGGUAAGAAUUUGGUUCUGACAGAGAGAAAAUAUUUCAGAAUUUCAUAUCCUAAAGUUUGUCUGUCUAAAUCGUGUUCAGUGGUAGUGUUAUUAUUCAAAAUGGGUAAUAUAAUCAAAAAGAAGCCAGUAGAGGAUCCGGACUCAGCGUGGCAGGAACAGAAUAGGGAAGUGGAACGGAACCCAAUGUACAAAUUCGCAGAUCUCAACAGGGGUGGUAAACUCGUGGAAGCCUAUCGUAAAGGUGGUGUUGUAGCAGUACAAGAAAUUGCACGACGCGAAAUUGGUCCAUAUUUGUACAAUGGUGGAAAAGGGAAGACUGUUGAAAGAAUAGAUUAUAUCAAAUGGCUUAGACAAAGGGAGGCAAUGAAAACGGGUUCAACGAUCUGGGAAACAAAAUCAGAUGAGGAACUUAUUAGUGAAUGGAAUGAACAUGAAAAGAACAGUUUUAACAAAGUGUCAACACAUGAAGCAUGUUGGGACCUUGCUAAACGCGGAGGUGUCGGGGAAACCCCACUUCACCUUCUGUAUCUAAUGGACAGUGCUGAACAUGUAGAAACUGCCAAAAUAUUGCUCAAUAUGUACCCCAAGCUGGCCUUGGAUUUUUAUGAAGCUGAUGAAUAUUAUGGUGAAAGUUGUCUGCAUUUAGCUACAGUUUAUGGAGAUUUUGAAUCUGUAAAACUUUUGGUUUCUAAUGGUGCAUACGUCAACCAGCGGGCUACUGGUCGAUUCUUCCUGCCAGAAGACCAGAAAAAUGCCAGGACUAAAACAACAAACUAUGAAGGUUAUGCAUAUUACGGGGAAUAUCCAUUGGCAUUUGCAGCAUGUUUUGGCUACAUGGACAUCUAUGACUACCUCAUUGAUAAUGGAGCAGACCCCAAUCUCCAAGAUUCAUUCGGGAAUACGACGUUACAUAUGGUUGUAAUUGCCGAUCAACCUGAGAUGUACAAGUACAUGGUCAAACAUCACAAGAAGCCAGCUCAACGUGAUAUUGUUAAUAAUGAAAACUUAACUCCGCUAGCCCUUGCCAGUAAACUAGGUCGUCAUAGACUCUUUAAAGAAAUUUUAGAAUUAAACAGUAUUGAGUUUUGGCGGUAUAGUAACGUGACGUGUUCUGCCUAUCCUCUUACAGAAAUAGAUUCCAUCAGUCCCAACGGGGAGCCAAAUUACAGCUCAGCCUUAAUGAUUGCCAUCAACGGAGAGGAGGACGACCACUUAGAAAUGUUGGAGGGCGGAGUCAUGCGGCAACUGCUGGAUGACAAAUGGAAAACAUUCGCUCGAAAACGUUUCAUCCAGAGAUUGAUACUAACGUUUAUACAUCUGUCAAUGAUUAGUGUAGCUAUAUACUUACGACCUGCAUCUGAUCUGUUGACCUAUAACUCGGCUUCAGAUGGGGUACGAUUCGCUGCAGAGAUUAUUGUGUGUCUGAUGUGCCUGGCCUACUUGAUUUUAGAAGUUAUAGAAAUUGGAGCUCAGGGGGCUUUAGCAUUUUUAAAAAAUUGUCGGCAUGCACCAGAUCACACAGUGUUCAUGUUAUCGUGUUUUCUGAUAUUGUUAUGUAUACCAUUUCGGUUUACUGGAAAGCAGUAUGUAGAAGACGUUCUGCUGAUAUUGUCAGUGCCUGGUUCCUGGUUCUUCCUUCUAUUCUUCGCAAGGAGUGUGAAACUAACUGGACCAUUUGUAACAUUGAUAUACAAAAUGUGUACAGGGGACCUGUUUAGAUUUGGAAUCAUCUAUGUUAUAUUCCUUAUUGGCUUUACACAAGGUUUUUAUUUCCUGUUUCGAGACAUCAACCAGGAGAGUUUUAGCACUCUGCCGUCCACCAUCAUGACAUUGUUUCAGAUGACUCUUGGUGAAUUCAAGCUUACACGUGGAGGUGGCAGCAAGUACCAUGAUUUUGACCUGACACGAUACGCACUCCUCACGAAGCUGGUGUUUGCGGUGUUCAUGAUACUGGUACCCAUUCUUCUGCUGAACAUGUUGAUAGCCAUGAUGGGAAAUACAUACCAGUGUGUUAUAUCCAAGUCAGAAAAGGAGUGGAGAAAACAGUGGGCAAAGAUAGUGGUUGUGCUAGAACGAGGCUUUACGAAGAAGCAGCUCCAACAUUACCAUAGAGAAUACUCAAUCAAACUUGGCGAACCAUCAACUGAAAAUGGGAAAAUGAAAGAGGAGCUAAGAGCUCUGGUUGUUAUCAAAACAUCUCCCAAAACAAAGGCCAGACAGAGGAAGAUUGCCGUCGGAAAUUGGAAGAAACUGGGUCAUGAGAUUAUUCUGCAACUAAAAGAACAGAAAAAGAAGGGCAAAACAGGGCCAUUAAAGUUACAGAGAACAGCACGAAAACCCAGAAAAAGCACAGCUGAUUCGGAUGAGGAUGAGGAUAAGAAGUUCUCAAAUAUAACAGCACAACUGGCUUGGGAAAGGGACAUUGACCUGACAAAGGGGCAGGCAUUUACAAAAAAUCCCUCGGCAAUUGAGGGUGUGGAACAUGUAAAACCUGGAGGUCUAGCAAAUAAUGUAAGUGGCAAUCACUCUCCUGAUAAAAAAUCAGAUAAAAAACCGGUGCAGACGGAAGAACAUACUGGUAUUCACAUAGCAAACGGACAUGUGAAUUCUGCUAGAACUAUAAAGAAAUAUGUUAAAAAGCCUAACGGCACCCCAAAAACUAGUCCAAAAUUCCAGAAACAGUUUUCUAUGAAUCGGGUAACUCCUUUACCAUUAGAUUUGAAAGACAGUGAUGAUCUUGGUUUAGAUGCUCUUGAAAGUGAAAAUACAAGUCGAACAGAGUCAAAAUCAGAUACUAGUAAAAGACCAGCUAGCUUAGAUACAAAAAGAACUGUCAGCAGUAUACAGUUUGACUUAGACCAUUUUGUUGUAAAAGCAGACGACAAGUAUGUUACUAAUAUAUCCCAGGUUGCACCUGUACCUGAUGUUACUAAAAAUAGCACUGAUGCUGACCAGACAGAUAGAGCUGAUAGUGCUGAUUCUAAGGAAAUGUAUGAUCAGUGGGUUGAUGAAAUUAUAGAAGGGAGCCGGGAAACAUCACCAAGCAAAAGUGACUCUGGUUCCCCUUCUCAUAAACACCAUAAAAGUAAGAAACACAAAAAAGAGAAAAAAGAAAGAAAAGAUAGAGAGAAACAUGGCAGUUCGAAAGAUGGAAGGCGAAGCAGAAGUGGAGAAAGGAAGGAGAAAAAGACUCCUCGAACAAAAACACCGACGUCGGAUGAGUUAUUACUGGUAGAUUCAGAUGCGCCAGUGGAUGAAAGUACAUUAUGAAACUCGUGUAUAGCAUGAAGCGGAAUAUGGUCAGUAAAAUAUAUGCUGUUUGUUGUGAUAUUUGAAGCUUUUCAGAAGAUGGCAUACAUUCGAUUUCAGCCCAGUUUGAAAUACACAGCUUUUCAAGUGCUUCAUUCAUAAGCUAAUACUUGUUGUCGGAGAAAAGUUGUCACAUGGUAAUUGCAGUUAAUUUGAAAGUGAUAAGUAACUACAAUGUACUUGGUUGUUGCAAUUGGAUACAGAAUUUUUAUGCAAUAUGUAACUUAGUGCUAAAAUAUGUCAUUGUGUAUUGUGUAAACACAAGUGUUUCAACUGGUGAUAUAAAAUAUUGAAAAAUUUGUGGUGAAAUGCAAGUGCUUUGAAAUGUGACAUCGUGCAGAGCUUCAAUGUGUAAUGUAAUGAUUGAAAUAUAUAAAAGAAGUUGUGUAAUAUUUUACUUGAACUAUUGCAGUGUGUUACACAAAAUUUAUGCAGUGUAAUUUAUACACAGUGUGAUUUAUAUGCUGCAAUUUGUAAAUUGAAUUCUAGAUAAAGUGGACUUCUUGAUUACUGUGAUAAAAGUUUGGAUGGAAAUGGUGUUAAGUUUCAACAUUGUUUAGUGCUGGGAAAGACAUUGAAAUAAAUGUUGUAGGGAUAUAUUGAAUGUUGUGCAAAGUGGAAAGACGUAGAAUUUUUUGUAGUGAAGAUUUUGUCAUGACAGAAUAGCUUUUUUUUAUGUUUAAUUUUAUUUUGUAGGGUAAUAUUUACAUUGUUUAAGUCAUAUAUUUAAUAGUUAUUUGUUCAUAAUUUAUAAUUCUUGACCGAGAUGUUAUGCCAAAAAAAGGUCUUUGGGUAUCGGAUAAAAUUUAAGUAUUGUCUCAGAAUAACCCAUUUUUAAAUUAGUGACUCAUAUUUCUUUUCAUACUGCAGCACUACUGAAAUGUUUGAUUAUUUUAUUUACAUCUUAUGUGGGGGCCAUGGUGGCAGAGUGGUUAAAGCCGCUGACUUCAAAUCACUUGCCCCACACCAGUGUGGGUUCGAGCCUCAUUUGAGGCAUAGAAUUCUUUAUGUGAUGAAGUCAUCCAGCUGGCUUACCGAAGGCCAGUAAUUCUACCUAGGUGCUCUCCCAUACCUGAAACAAUGCCCGAGGAGCACCUGGGGUCUUCCUCCACCAUCAAAAGCAAAGUCACCAUAUAACCUAACAACAAAUUUAUGUGCAAGUAUAGAAAUUCACACAUAAAAAUACAAGUUCCAUCAGUACAUGAUAUCUUUAACUCAUUUUCCAACAAUUUCACUGCAGUUUAAGAUAUUCUUAGUUUUCUACAAAGUUUUUAAAUUUAACCUAAGAUAAAAAGUUAGACUUUGGAGAAAUGAAUUUGAUUGUUUUCAAAGAAAUUUUAAAACUAGUCUGUCCAUUUUCUAUGAAUUUGUUACUUGGAGAACAGUGGUGUAGAAAUUUUGCUUAUUUGGAAUUUGGAAUAUUAGGUUUUCAGUGUGUAAUUAUAGCUUUUGCAAGGAUACAGUUAUAGAAGUUUACAGAAGUUCAGAAUUGGACACACAAAUGAACAUUUUGGACUAUUUUGUUUAUGUACAUGGGACCUUUUGUAGUAUAUGUCACAAAAAAUGUUUAAGUAUUUCACCUAUCAGCACAGAAAUAAAAGUUAUGUAACAUUGAUACAAAUGUUAAUACAGGAAUGCCAAAAUAACAUAUGUUGUCAAAAUUGUUUUCAAUGUUGUAAGAUUCAGUUGCUAGCCCAACCUGACCUGGAAGUUGUAUUAUGCAAAAUACUGUAUGUUGCCACGCAGAUAAGGAAUAGAUAAGGGCUUUGGAGAUAAAUGUACAAUUUCUAUGCCUCUAAAAAUCUACUUAAAAAUCUGCAAUUUUUUUUUCAUAAUUGAAGUAUGUUUGCAAUUACAGCUGGGACAUCUUCUUUGGAUUUUUUUUCUUUCAAAUUAACGGCUGUUAGAUUACAAAUACACACAGAGGCAACCCUUCGGUUUUUCAUAAUCAAUCAAGAUAAGAUUUCGAAUACAAUUUGGCAUAAUCGUUGUUGUUAUUUUUCUCAUAAUCAAGGUAAGAUUGGAAGUACAAACUGGUGCAUAAUCUUUGUUCUUUUUUUUUUUUUCAAAUAAAUCAAAGUAAGAUUAGAAUGUUUUUAUAAGUUUACAUAUUCAUAAUCUUUCUUGUUAUUUUUCCCAUAAUUAAUCAAGAUAUUUGCAAAUAGAACUGGGAUAGUUUUUUUCUGUAAUAAGUAGAUACAGCUGGGUAUAAUCUUUUUUAUUAAGAUUACCAGUAGGACAUAGUCUUUUAUAAUUAAUCAAGGUAAUUACAAAUAACUGAGCAUAAUCUUUUUGUGAGCCCACCAAUUUUUUUUUAGCAUGGGUGGGGAGACUUGUAGAUUUGCCUUAAUCUGUAUGUUUGUUCAUCCAUCCGUCUGCCCAUUCUAAUUCGUUUAGUGCAUAAUUAUCUCAAAAAGUGUUUGACAGACACCAAGAGUCCUCAAAUGUCAUCGGAUUUUAUUCAGCAUGUGAAGUUACACCCCUGGGGUCAUUCACCUAGACCAUAGUUAUGGCCCUUGACUUACUCAAUAAUAUGCAUAACUGAACUAAAACUUGAUCGAGGUGAGAUUGCAUAUGGGGCAGUUUUUUUUUUUUUGUACAUAGUUUUUUUAUUGUGGCAUUUUUUAGGUUCAACAGUUUGAUGUUGUUUUUAAUUCUAUGUUGUUGCAAGUAUUAUUUAAUUCUAACAUAAUUCUAUGCUAGGUAAAUGGAUGAAGAUAUUUUAUGAUUUGGCAUAUUUUUAUCUAGCAUGGAUGGUAGGGCAUGAUAUUGAAUUCUUUCAUUGAAACAUGCACUGGUCUUGUAGAAGAUCCAAGGUCUGUCAUACUGGCUGGAGACAGCAGGCCGUGGACCUAAACAACAGGUUGAGGAUCUUUUACCAGGUUUGUGUGAAAACACAUGGUUGUUGACAGUUUUAAUACAUGACCAUUUUUUUAAAUGAUUUAUUAAAUAAAAUGCAUGUUAAUAAGUAAUCACACUUGCCAAGAAAAAAGACCAUAACAUUUAAAUUCUCAAUGACUUUCAUUGCAUAAAAUUUACAUUUCAUGAGAAAUAAAAAGCUGUAUUGGAAAAGACAGUAUGAGAUUAAAUGCCCAGUCAUUUCAGACCUGCCAAAUAAAGAAAAUACUAGUAUGAUAUUACAUAGGAUGAAAUAGCCACAAUUGGGCCUAUUUAUUUGACUAAUUUGUACAUGCUGUAUUCAUAUCAUAUGAUUUUGAAAAGUCACAGCCUCAGUGUAGAAAUAUCCCGUGCGAAAAUGGAACAGGAAAUCCUGGGAUUAUCCCAGAAAGUCCCAGGACUAUCCUGGGAUAAUGUCCUGAAAAUAUCUCAGGAAUUCCUGGGAUAGUCCUGGGACUUUUCACACCGUUAAAUGGGAAUGGGACAAUCCCAGGAUUUUCCUGUGAACAGGAAAAAAACAGGACACCAGAACAACAAGAAAUCUAUGCUGUCCUGCUAUCCUGAAAAUCCCAGGAAUGUCCUGGGAUUUCCUGAUGUCAGGUAAUAAAAGUAUAUAUUGUCCUGUUCUCAAGAAAUCCCAGGAAUGUCUUGAGAAUUCUUGAAGUCGGGAUAUCCCAUGACAAUUGUCCUGUCCCUAGGAAAUCCCAGGAAUUCCUGAUGUCAGGAAAUUUCAGGAGAAUUGUCCUGUCUUCAGGAAAUCCCAAGAAUUCCUGUUGUCAGGAAAUCUCAAGACAAUUGUCCUGUCUUCAGGAAAUCCCAGGAAUUCCUAAUGUCAGGAAAUUUCAGAAUUGUCCUGUCUUCAGGAAAUCCCAGGAAUUCCUGUUGUCAGGAAAUCUCAGGACAAUUGUCCUGUCUUCAGGGCAGUUUCCAGAACAUGUAAUUGAAUACCUUGUAAACAUGAUUUGAAAUUCUCUUUGGCGGGAAAUACAGUUAACAAAUUGAAUGAAUGUUAAAUUUCAAUUGUAUUUACAGCAAGAAUAAUAAUUAAGGAUUAAUCAUUUCCAAAUAUUAAAAAUAUUUUCUAGUUAAAAAGUAUACAUCAUGUACAUUGAAACAUACAACCUGUCAUAGCAGAAAUAUCAGUUUAUCAGUUCAAAUAAAAUCAUGUGCAUACAUGCCAAAAACACUAGGUGUAAUAUUUAGUCUAGAAACAUCAAAUUAUGAGCUUCAUAUUGAGAAAAAAGCUCUUAUCAUUCUAUGAUCUGUUUACUUUUAAGAGUGAAACUUCCUUUGAUCAAACAUGUACAGAUAAUCUAAACAGUACUAACAUAUUUCACUCUUACCACUCUUUAACGCUCUGAUUGAUUUUAAAGAAAAAUACUUUUCUAAAUAACUUACUGGUAUUGUUUUGUAAAAUCAUUGAAUGAAGGUAUAUAUUUAGUAUUAUUUCUAAAAGUUUAAAACAGAAAUAAUUUGCUAACAUACCACAAAUAUAGAAUAUAUUCC